GAAGCCGCUGAUUUCACCACCGGUGGCCAUCUCAAUCUCGCAGAAGAAAAUUACCGAUACGUAGUCGAUACCGUCCAGCAACACGAAGGAACAAAAGCCACAUAUGCCGACCGCUACAACUUGUCGAGCGUACUCGUCAUGCAGCACAAGUAUGCGGAAGCAGAGCCUACUCUGAGGGAUAUGCUUAAGUAUCUUGCCAAAAGACCUGUGGAUAACGACUCAGGCCACUUCCUUAAGCAAGAAGAAGGCACAAUACGAAUGCUGGUGAAAAGUGUUAAGGGCCAGGGGAGAGACGAGGAAGCGGAUAAUUUGAGGGCGGGUGCAGCUUACUCUAGCCGUGAAGAACAGCUUGAAGUGAGGAAGCAAGUGUAUGGUUUG